AUGUUGAGCAUAGUAAGAAGGAGGCUUUAUUCCACCUCCUGGAAGCUAAUUGACCACUGUCCCCAACCAGAAUAUGACACAGGGUGCACCCACUGCAAACCCAAACUCCCGGAACAUCUCGCCAUCAACACUCAACGAGACCUAAAUAACACCAAAGCUGCCCCAUAUAAGCAUGUCCUAGUAUUAAGUCAUGGCUAUCUGAGUCUUGAUACCAUGGAACCGGGUAUCUCUAAACAUGUGGGAUCUUUGGCAUAUCAAAUCCAUCACCUAAAUCCCGAUUUUCAUGACCCGAAAUAUCCCGUACAGGUGUCGAAUAUCAUCUUGCCCAAUCAAGAAGAAAUAUUGCAUAGGUUUAAUAUGACGGAAGGUGAUAAUUUAGUAUAUUUAUAUCCUGACAAUAAAGCCGUGAAAUUCAAAAAGGAUCAGCUUGAAACGUUUGUCAAGAAAUAUCUCAAACAUGAUGAAAUUGAUGACGAUAUAAAAUACCCGCACCUCAAUUUGGACAAAAUAAACAUCAAUCUCACCUAUGACCACUUCUAUGAAGAAGCGAUCGCGAAACACCUCGUCCUAAUCUGUGCCCAUGGCCUCACCGAUCGUCGAUGUGGGAUUAUGGGUCCAUUAAUCCAGGAUGAAUUCCAUCAUGUGCUUCGAAAGGAAUCAAUUAGGCGCGAGGUACUGGUGGGUUUGGUGAGUCAUAUUGGAGGACAUGCAUAUGCUGGAAACGUGGUUUAUUUCCCUCGCGAUUGUUUGAGGAACAGGGAUAUGAUAUGGUAUGGAAGAGUGGGGCCAAAACAGGUGCAAGGAAUUGUGAAGGAGACGAUUAUGAAUAGGAAUGUUAUAAAAAGUUUGUUGAGGGGUGAUCCAGAGUUGUAUCGGUAG